UGCUGGCCCGUGUGCGGUGGCCCGACUCUCCGUGUGCCUUCCGCCUGCUCUUCAGCGCAUACCUAUCCCAUGCAUUCACAAAAAUAUACGCAUAUUAUAUACACACACGCACAUACACAUAGCAUGUAAACUGUGAGCUGUCGUUCGGACAGUUGUUAUUGUGUGCUGCAGCGGCGCUCGUUCGCUCGCCCGCCUGCCUACUUGCUUCUGCAGUUCGAUCAGUCGACGACUGGCCGCGACCGAAUCGUUUGUUUGUUUGGUCGCUCCGCGCGCACAACCGCAUUGCCAAAGUGCCAACUGCCAAACCGCCUCUGCGGCCUGCGCUGCUGUAUCACUGCUAACUACUAGCAGAAAUCAGAACAUCGCGGAUCGCUGACCCAAAGCAACGGCCUAAACGGAGCUCCGAGCAGCUAUAUAUUUUAUACGUGUUAUAAUACAUCUCUCAUUGUCGUCGUAGUUGUCGUCGUAGUCAACACUGGUUCGAGUGUGCGUGUGCCGCUUGUUUCGCAGUCGUCUGUCUCACUGACUCAGGCCGUCGUGUCUCUGUGUGUCGUAGUGUGUAUACCGCGCUAGUCUGUGUGUACAUACGUACACAUAUAACAUAGCGACAUAGCACGUCUUAUGGGCAGCGUACGUAAUAUCAGCCGCUAGUGCCAGCCGUGGACAGCUCCGUGGCCGUAUAUAGCGCAAGCUAACUCGUGAUAACAAAGUAGCCUCGUUGCUUUUAUACCUACGUACCGUCAAGUGCUCGACUCCGUAUACACACACACACACGCACGCGCAAGCACAUAUACGUGCAUGAUAUAUAUACCUGCUACAGUGCUACCUGCAUUAAAGACCAGUGCAAAGAGUAAAGAGCGUGUGCGUUAGUCGCGAGAGCGGCUGCUGGACGCUCCGAGUCGGAUAGUGUCUCUGUUUUGGUGUCGUAUACAGCGGCUCCGUUUUCUCUCUCGACGGAUUCGCGGACGGUGUCUGUGUGUUCGGCUCGCGCUGCACCGAUGCUCGACAGCGAGAACGGCCAAGGCUCGACGAGGUGAUAACUGUUAACGGAGCAGAGAUAGUGAGUUUCGUCGAGUGCGUGUGCGUGAAUAAUAUAUGUGUGCUCGUGCGUGACGUCGUGCACGUCCAGUCGGAUCUCCGAGGAUCAAAAAGCGUGAGCUGCGGCCCACGAUUGGCAUGUGCACGAGUGCGUGAUCCGGUGAAUGCUAGCUGCGGCUCCUGAGUCCUGAGCGACUCCUCCAGCAGCAGCAGCAGCGGCGGGUGCAGCCAAGGCGGCGUCUUACAGCAGCAGCAGCAGUAACAACAACAACGCCGGCAACAUGACGGAGAUCGGCGUCGUCGACAUGGCCAAGCUGCCGGAGGACGUGCGCGAGAAGCUCGAGGAGCUCGAUCUCGAGCUCGCCGAAGGGGACAUCACGCAAAAAGGCUACGAGAAGAAACGAGCACGACUGUUACAGCAGUAUGCGUCAAAACCAAUCGGCAGUCGCCCGACAUCCAAUAGCGAGAGCCUCCUCGGUAGCCCAGGUUCCGGCCUCGCCUCGACCGGAGCUGGCGGCGUCGGUGGUGGCAGCAACGGCAACAACGGCAACCUCGCCAACAACAACACAAGCAACAACAACACCAACUCCUCCUCGGCCAAUAGGCGCGGCAAUCGCAGGCUAACUCGCAACGAAAGUCGAUAUCAUUCUGAAGUACGACAGGAGGCUGUGCAGCAAGCGUUGGCAGCGAUGCAGAGCAGACCGAAACCGUCGCUGCCGAUGCCUUCGAAGCGCACCUCGGUCAUGGCGCGCAGCCCCGAGCGCAAUCAGCAGCAGAAUCAGCAGCAGCAGCAACAGACCAAUCAAUCGAAACGCGAGCAGCGCAACACGAGCUCGUCCGGCGUGGGCGGGGCCGGCGACUCGAGCAGCGACGAGGACAGCAUCGUCACCGAGGAGAGCCCCGGCGCCGGGGGCCCGAGCGGUACCGGUCUCAGCGACACCAGCAGUACGGGCUCCGCCAGGGACACUCCACCGCCGCCCCGACCUCCGGCCAGAAGACCCCCGGCUGCGGAUAUAACCGACAUCGCCGAAUACUCGCCGCACUCGUAUUGCAAUCUGGUGCAAGUUCAGCCUCCGGACGUCACCCACACGACCACUCAGAGCAGGAGAACAGCCGGAGCUGAUCGAGUAAACAGGUACCACGUCGUGGAGGAAAACAAUACGGGUACGGCGGGCCGUUGGAAGGUCUCGGCGAAAAUCCAGCAGCUCCUCAACACCCUGAAGCGGCCCAAACGACGACCACUGCCAGAAUUUUACGAAGACGACGACAUUGAAUUGGAAAUAGCGGCCAAUACUAAAGACCCGAACGCGCCUAAGCCCGAGGGUGGCACCAUGACUCCGGCGGUAGGCGAGACGCUAUCCGUGCCUUCGGGGCUCCCGAGAUCCGUCGAGUCCGCCAUACAGAGGUAUGGCUCGGCGUCGUACAAAGCCCCGGCAGCCACAGUGCUCGACCCGAACGGCAAGCUCUGCAUCACGCUGACCUACGGCAAGCUGCUGAGCCGCUCCUACAAGAUAGCCUACACGCUGCUCAACAAGGCCAUCACCCGCGUCGUCGGCGAGUGCUGCCUCAAGCCGGGCGAUCGCAUCGCCCUGGUCUAUCCAAACGACGAUCCCAUCAACUUCAUCUGCGCGUUCUACGGCUGCCUACAGGCGGGCAUCGUGCCCGUGCCCAUCGAGGUGCCGCUGACCCGACGCGACGCCGGCUCCCACCAGAUUGGCUUCCUUCUGGGCAGCUGCGGCAUACAGAUCGCAUUGACCAGCGAGGCCUGCUUGAAAAAUCUGCCAAAAACGUCGACGGGCGAGGUCGUGGCGUUCAAGGGCUGGCCGAAGCUCCAUUGGUUCGUCACGGAGCAUCUGGGAAAAACGCCCAAAGACUGGAUGCCGCCAGCGCGCCUCACCGACGAUACGCCGGCCUACAUCGAGUACACCACGGAUCGCGAUGGUUCCGUCAUGGGAGUCACGGUCACUCGAGCUGCGAUGCUGGCGCACUGCCGCGCUCUCACACAGGCUUGCGGCUACACGGAGGGUGAAAAUAUGGUCUGCGUGCUGGACUUCAAGCGCGAAGUCGGUCUCUGGCACAGUACACUGACGAGUAUUCUCAACGGCAUGCACGUCAUCUUCAUUCCUUAUGCCUUGAUGAAAGUCAAUCCCGCCAGCUGGAUGCAGAUGAUCACGAAACAUCGAGCGACCGUCGCCGUGGUCAAGUCUCGAGAUCUGCAUUGGGGUCUGCUAGCGACCAAGGACCACAAGGACAUAUCGUUGUCGACUCUCAGACUGCUGCUCGUUGCCGACGGAGCCAAUCCCUGGUCGUUGUCGUCUUGCGAUCAGUUCCUCUCGGUUUUCCAGCCCAAGGGUUUGAGGCCCGACGCCGUGUGCCCUUGCGCCUCGUCGAGUGAAGCGCUCACGGUGUCGAUCCGAAGACCAGGAAGAGCUGGCGUAAACGCCACCGGACGAGGUGUUCUCAGCAUGUCGGGUCUCAGUUAUGGUGUCGUCAGAGUCGAUCAGGAAAAUUCCCUUACUUCGCUCACCUUGCAGGACUGCGGACAAGUCAUGCCUGGCAGCGUCGUAUCGGUUAUCAAGAUGGAUGGAUCACCGCUAGUCUGUAAAACUGAUGAGGUUGGCGAGAUUUGCGUUCACAGCGCUGCUACAGGUAGUCAAUACUGGGGUCUCAAGGGACUGUCCAACAACAACUUUAAAGUUCAGCCGCUUCAAGCGGACGGACAGCCGCUGGGAGACGUCGAGUACACGCGCUCGGGACUGCUUGGCUUUCUCGGUCCGGGUAAUCUUGUGUUUGUAUGCGGUUCUCGGGAUGGCCUCAUGAUUGUCACGGGCCGCAAACACAAUGCCGACGACAUCAUAGCCACGGUCCUCGCGGUAGAGCCAAUGAAGUUUAUUUAUCGGGGUCGAAUAGCCGUAUUUAGUGUCAGAGUUCUCAGAGAUGAAAGAAUAUGUGUGAUAGCUGAACAGCGUCCCGAUUGUAGCGAAGAAGAGAGUUUUCAAUGGAUGUCGAGGGUGUUACAAGCCGUGGACUCGAUCCACGCUGUUGGGAUUUAUUGUUUGGCUUUGGUACCACCGAAUUAUCUACCGAAAACACCUCUAGGUGGAAUCCAUUUGUCUGAGACUAAACGGCGUUUCCGCGAGGGUACUCUUCAUCCAGCUAACGUAUUGCUGUGUCCACAUACGUGUGUCACCAAUUUACCAAAGCCACGUGAGAUUCAUUCGGCGGGAGAUUCUGUUUCAGAUGUGGGCCCGGCAAGCGUCAUGGUCGGAAACAUCGUCCAGGGCAACAGGCUGGCAUCGGCGCAAGGUCGAGACUUGGGUGUGCUCGACGAUGACAGUGACCACGCUAAAAAGUAUCAGUUCAUUUCGGAAAUCCUGCGCUGGCGAGCCGUCGGAACGUCGGAUCACGUGAUAUUCAGCUGCCUGAACUCGAAGGGUGCAGUAGCGUCGUCGCUGUCCUGCUCUCAGCUGCACAAAAAAGCCGAACGCAUUGGAAACUUGCUGCUGGACAAGGGCCGCCUUAAUACCGGUGACCAUGUGGCCUUGCUCUUUCCCCCAGGCACCGAUCUCAUUUGCGCCUUCUACGGAUGCCUUUACGUCGGUGCCGUGCCGGUGACCAUCAGACCACCGCACCCGCAAAAUUUACAAACGACUCUGCCGACUGUACGCAUGAUAGCCGACGUCAGCAAGUCAGUUCUCAUUCUCACUAAUCAGACAAUCAUGAAACUGCUGAAAUCGAAGGAGGCCAACAGCGUCGUAGAGACGAAGAGCUGGCCAACCAUCCUCGAUAUGGAAGACAUGCCAAAGAAGAAGCUACCGGUGCUGUAUCGCGCGCCGACCGCCGAAAUGCUGGCCUAUCUCGACUUUAGCGUAUCAACCACGGGUAUGCUGGCGGGAAUUAAGAUGUCUCAUGCCGCUGUUACCUCGCUCUGUCGCGCCAUGAAAUUGUCCUGCGAGCUCUAUCCCUCGAGGCAUAUCGCGCUCUGCCUCGAUCCUUACUCAGGACUGGGCUUCGCUCUAUGGUGCCUCAGCAGCAUAUAUAGUGGUCAUCACUCCAUCCUUAUCCCCCCAUCUGAGGUUGAAGCAAACCCAGCCCUAUGGCUGUCAGCUGUCAGUCAUUCGCGUGUUCGUGACACUUUCUGCUCGUACGGUGUCAUGGAACUAUGCACCAAAGGUUUAGGCUCGUCGGUUAAUACGCUAAAAGCUCGUGGAGUCAGUCUAGCUUGUGUGAGAACUUGCGUUGUAGUGGCCGAAGAAAGACCAAGAAUAGCUUUGACAACAAGCUUCAGCAAACUUUUCUCCGCUCUUGGCCUCAGUCCUCGUGCUGUGUCCACAUCCUUCGGUUGUAGAGUCAACACUGCCAUAUGUUUGCAGGGCGCGUCGAGUCCCGAACCAUCGACGGUUUACGUCGAUCUUCGUGCCCUGCGUAACGACCGAGUUUCACUGGUCGAGCGAGGAUCACCUCACUCAUUAUGCUUAAUGGAAUCUGGCAAACUCUUACCCGGUGUCAAAGUCAUCAUAGCAAAUCCAGAAACCAAAGGGCAAUGUGGCGACUCGCAUCUAGGAGAGAUCUGGGUUCAGUCGUCGCACAACGCCAGUGGCUAUUUUAGCAUUUACGGCGAUGAAAGUGAUUACGCUGACCACUUUAGUGCGCGCUUAGUAACGGGCAACACCGGCGAAGUAUAUGCACGAACUGGAUAUCUCGGUUUUUUGAGACGCACAGAAUGCGUUCAGCAGGCCCCUGAGGGUACUGCUGUGCCUGCCGAUAAUACAUCGACCAAUAGCGCAUCCGACCUUGAUGUGUCCAGAACUGAUUCAGAAUUACAUGACGCCGUCUUCGUUGUUGGAGCCUUAGAUGAAGCUAUUCUUUUAAGAGGCAUGAGAUAUCAUCCGAUUGACAUCGAGAAUAGCGUUAUGCGGUGUCACAAGAAAAUCGCUGAAUGUGCUGUGUUUACGUGGACAAAUUUAUUAGUUGUCGUGGUUGAACUCGAUGGCAGCGAGAGCGAAGCUCUCGAUUUGGUAGCACUUGUGACAAGCGCUGUAUUGGAAGAACAUCAUCUCGUCGUCGGAGUUGUGGUGGUUGUCGAUCCUGGAGUAGUACCGAUUAAUUCACGUGGAGAAAAGCAGCGUAUGCAUCUGCGUGAUGGUUUCCUAGCUGAUCAGCUCGACCCCAUAUACGUUGCCUACAACAUGUAAAGCGUUUUUUUAUCAAUCGCCGAUCUUUAUUAUUUCGCACAAGCUUCUCUAUCGUCUCAAAAGGUUAUAAAUAUUACAACUCUUUCGCUCAAUAAUUACUUCGUAUUUUAAUAUAUUUUGUAUACUUGAGAUUUGAUUUAUUCAAAUGUGCUUUUUAACUUUAAACAAAAAGAUAUUU